AUGUGUAGGGAUGGAAAGAAGAAGUCAGAAGCAAAGUCAUUCCUAAAGUGGGUAAACCAACUGUGGAUGCUUCUAAACAAUCUGGCAAAGUUUCGGAUCCGCAGACCCAUCAUGGUGAUGUUGUUUCUAGUCAUUAUGAGCAAAAGGAAGAUGUUUGUCCAACGAACCAUGGUAACACCGUUGGGUGAGGGUGUUGAACAAGACAUGGAAGUUGAGGACAUUUUAUCGGUGCCGACAGACAACAAUGUACUGAAAGAUUCACAAGAAGUGAUUAUUGUUCCGAACACUCCCAAUGAUUGGGAUAUUUUAGAAGCUACUAUGGUGGCUCAGGGUGAUAGUUUGGUGGAGGCUCCAUUUUUAAUUUUGUAA